AUGUCUGCAACCCUUCAUUUUCUCAAUGCCAAAUUGUUCCUUUGCCUCUUGGUAACACUAUUCCAACACCAUUUUGCAUUUGCAACUUCAAAUCCUGCUGGCCUAAGUCUGAGGGCUGUCAUAGAUGAUUCCCCAGAGUCUCCUUUAUACCUUAUUGGAAACCUCAGUAGGGCUGAAAGAAUCGAAAAAUUGAUUACAAUUAGCAAUGCAAGAGUCAAUUAUUUGGAUUUGGUUUCGCGACCAAAUGCAAGGGUGGUUCCUAGUAAUAUCAAGAUGCCAAUAUUCCGAGACAUUCACUUCUAUUCAGUAUGGUUUACAAUAGGGAGCCAAAAACACCCUGUGAAGUUGUUGAUGGACACUGGAGGAGGCCUAAUCUGGACACAGUGUCAACCUUGCAAAAACUGUUUCUCCCAAAAUCUUCCAAUUUAUGAUCCUAGAGUCUCCGCGAGUUAUGGCACACUUCCUUGUGACCAUCCCCUCUGCGAUGGUGAUUAUAGACUCUACGAUUGUGUAAAUGGAGAAUGUGUCUAUGAUGAUGAAUAUGGUGGUGGAUCCUCUACCAAGGGUGUUGCAUCCUUGGAAUCAUUCCAAUUCUUCAUCGAUAACCAUAACACAAAAACUUUCAGCAAUGUCAUCUUUGGUUGCUCAGGUGAUAAUACCGAUUUCUCUUUUAAGAAUAGUGAUAUUUCAGGAAUCUUCGGAUUGAACCUGUCUCCAGAUUCAAUGUUGAGCCAGUUUUCUCCUUUGAUUCACAAUCGGUUCUCGUAUUGUUUGGUCCCUUUUCUCGAUGCAGUGCCUCGUCCAAUCAUCCUAAGGUUCGGAGAGGACGUUCCGCAGCUGCCUCCAGGACAGGUUAAUACAGCAUUGUUUGGGUACGCACCACCAGGAUCCUAUUAUGUGUUCUACCUGGAAUUGUUAGAUAUAAGCGUUGCAAACCAUCGUCUAGGAUUUCAUCCUGACUUGUUCAGGGUCAGGCAGGAUGGAUCAGGCGGUUGCUUUAUAGACUCGGGAGCCCUAAUCUCUAAAAUUGACACCAACACUUUAGGGGUCAAUGCUUAUGAAGCAGUGCUAGCAGUCUAUAAAGCUUAUUACGGAUCACGAAACCUUCAAAGAACAAAUGGUCCGAGAGGAUUCGACCUGUGCUACGAAACUCCAGCAAAUUACCAUGAUUUCGCAGCAAUAACAUUUCAUCUUAAUGGAGCUGACUACACCGUAGAUGGGCAACUUGGGCAUUUCUUCGACCCUGUGAAUGGGUUUUUCUGCGUAGCAAUUGUAAGGGGACAGCUUGGAACUGUGAUAGGAGCAUGGCAUCAACAGAAUAAGCGCAUCAUCUAUGAUAAAGGGAUUGGUGGACUUCAAUUUGCUGAUGAACAAUGUAUCAAUGAUGUUCUUCCAUGA